AUGGACCACUUGCUGCUGCGAGAGGGAUGGACGAUGAAUGUCUAUGCUGCUGUCGACGGUGGCCACAUUUGCUGCAUGACUGCGCUCCCCACAGACCGGGUCGUUACCCUGCGACAAAAGUUGGUCCAUACCUUGGGCAUGGUGCGACGUUUUCGGCUGCUGGCGGGAUGCUGCGUGCUGUCCGGCAACAUGACCUUGGAGGAGGCCGGUCUUUGUGAUGGCUGCUCCCUUCAACUGGUCUGGUUACCGGAGGACGUCUUUGCCACAGCCUCCACGGACACCACUGCGGCCUUUUGGAGCUUGGAGACAGGUGAACGUGUUCAGCUUUUUGAAGGCCAUGAAGAUCAAGUGAUGUGGCUGUGCUUCUCGCCAGAUGGCCAACUACUGGCCUUGGGCCCCAGUGACAGCGGUUUUAGCGAUCCGGUCCCUUGGAUUCCCUUUUGGUGUCUGCAGGGUUUCAAUGGCACCGGCAUCCUGAGGCCACUGCCUCGACGGACCGCACGGCCAAAAUUUGGUGUGCAGACAGUGGGGAAUGUGACCUGGUCGCAGUUGCAGUGA